AUGCAAGACCUGAUGGAGAUCACUUGCUUGUGGCAGCAGAUCUACACUCCCAUGAAGGCCUUGCUUGGUGAUGGGCCAGACCUCGAGAAAAUCACAACUAUGUGGAAUUCCGGGUCCUUGGAUGCCGAGCUCAGGGCUCACUCAAAAGCUAUGGAGCCUGGUUGGGACUGGCGCAAGCUUAGCUUCAUCUUGGAGGCCCAAGGCAAAGUCCAGGAACGAGAAGUAUGCAACGCCCAAUCCAAAGUCAACAGUGCUUUGCAAAACUCUCUUCAAGCUGGGUUUUCCCUUUUCGAAACGAACCUUGAAAGUGACCACCUGAAGCAGCGCCGUCCUGAUGCGGAAGUUGACACCAGCGGUUUGGUGGAGGCGCGCCUCCAGCCCUGGAUUUCGGAAACUCUAGCCGGCCUCAAUGGGGGCAUCAGGUCUGAGGUGAAGGCUGAGGCUCCCGAAGAGAGCGAUGAGGAGCAACCUGCGGAUGCUGAAGGCAAGAAGUGGGCAGUGGCCACAGUGUGCCACUCAAGCGCUGAGGCAAACUUUGUGUCUUUGACUAUUGCCACCAAGCUCUUUGCAAUGGCCCGCAACAAAGAAUUGCGGAUCGAGGGAUUUCCAGACUUCGGCGGCGCCCUAACCGAGCUCAAGCAGUUUCAGCGGGCCCCAAAGCCAGAGUUUCAAGUGUGUGUGGGCUUGGAGGGAGCCUUGGUGAUCAAGCAAGCCCUCGUAGAAUUCUGGAGUCGAAAGGAACAUUUCGCUGACCGAAUGAACAGCUUGGUGAACCAACACAACGAAGAGUUCAACCCAAAGAACUUGAAGCGCGGCGCAGAAGAAAACCCAGAAGACCCUGAAUCCUCUGCCGCUCAGCCUCCUGCCAAGCGCUUGUGCCUUGGCACGGCCAAGACAGUGUCAGAGCUUGAGACCGAGUACACUGACAGGCUCACCCUGAAUUGUGGCCACUUCUCCUUGGCCCUUUGCCUCAGCGACAGCUCUGUUUGGAUGUGUGCCUCCGCAGCCCACACUGCAGAGCAGGGCUCCGAACUAUGGGGUUACGGGAGUGGAGACUUUGCAAAGGGAACUGAAGCAGCUGACAUCAUGACAGAUGUGUCUGCUGAGGGCAGGUGGCUGAAGUUCAGCCUGCCUGACGCCAACACCCCUGUGAUUUUGGAGAAACAGCGCAAGGUUCCAGAACACUUGGCGGAAGAGACCUUUUGGAACAAGGUUCUGGGCCUGGGUGAUUUGCUGAAGGCCCUCGAGGACUCUGGGGAAGUAAACAUUGAAGUUGCAGAGCACAGGCUCAAAAAGGAUGAGUCUUGUUCUUUCACCAUCGAGCCAGCCGAAGAAGUAUGUUUCGUGCUGGACGCAGUCAAGCAGCGCAAGCGCAAAAAGCCUAAGGCAGCAAACGCCCUCAGCUUCGGUGCAAAGAUGGACUUCUCUAAGACGCGUGGAUCCAAGAACAUUCAGAUCAUAUGGCGCCUCCGGCUAAGCUGCCAUGUUUUGACCCUCUCACAAAGAAGGCGCAAUUCGGCGCCAGCUGUCAAAGCCAGGCUCCACACCGAGGCUGGCGAUUCCGUGGUGUCCCAGCUUGUGCCAGUGCGGCCUUGCGCUGCACUAGCUGGAAGCAUCUCACUGAAGCCAGACCAAGCGCUGCAACUUAUGUAG